GCGCCCGGCCCGCCCCUAGAGUGCUCGUCUGAGUGAGGGCGGCGGGGGCUGCCAUGGCGGCCCGGGCGGAGGGAGAGGCCGCUGCUGGGAGCCCCCCCAGCCUCUUCGAGCUGAGUGGGGUGGUGGUGAGCUCCGCCAUGGGGACCCUGGAGAGAGAGGUUUGGGCACUCCCUGGACAGAUACUCCAAGGCAUCCUGCCUUUGCUUAAUAUCUAUUACCUGGAAAGGAUUGAGGAAACUGCUGUGAAAAAAGGACUCUCAACCCAGCCCAUAUGGCACAAACUCUGGAACGAUGUGAUGAAAAUCAGACCACCCAAGUCAGAGAACAUAACAAGUUGGAGGAAGAAGUUCCUUGAAACUUUCUUCUCAAAUGUCCUGCAUGGAGUUUUGGAUGUUUCUUCAGAUCAGCGCCUGAGUGACCGUCGUUUUUCACCCCUACUCCACAGCUCACGGCAUGUUACGCAGCUCACCAUCUGUAACAUGCUGCAGGGGGUAGCAGAGCUCACUGCUGAGCCCAACCAAAGAGUGCUAGAAAACCUGGCUGGCUCAUUGAGAACCUUGAAGUUCCAUCUGCUGACCUCCGAUCUGUCCAUUAGACAUUCACUAAGUUUGCUGCUUCAUCAUCUGAUCCACCAUGGAGCUGUCAGCCAGGUGUCCAUGUGUUCCUGGCCAGUUCCUGACAAAGUACUUUUAGUCCUUAUUCUGAGUAUGAGUGCUGGGUUUUGGCACCCAGGUAAGACACUUAUGCACCAGGACAGCCCUUGCAGUCUUUGCAGAGAGGAGUCUGAUGCCCAAGGCCUGCUAACUCAAGAGGAUGGUGCCCUGCUAGGGUCAAAUCAGCUGUGCUGCGGGUCUACUGAGCAAUCAGAGACUGGCCAGUGGGGUGAUAGUGAGUCAAGAAGCAAGAAGGUCCAAACUGCUUCAGCCAAAGUGCUUGAAGAAGCUGAUCCAGAUUCUCAAGUGUCUAUAGAACUGUCCAGGAGCAGUAGUGGCACUGUUAAAACUCCAAUGCUCUGUGGAUUAAGGAGCCACCCUUUGCAAAACCUAGCAUGUCAAGAUGUAAGCUGCGAGGUGCCCCCUGAGUAUUACAACAUUAAAGGAGAGUCUUCUCCUUCUCUACCAAAAAGGUCUUCUGUUGGCCCCGCUUUCCGAAAGCCCUAUAGACGGUUUAAGACUGCAGUGGGGAGGAAGCGCCGCAGCCCCAGAAGAAACCGCAGAGCUCAUGCAGACCCGGAAGAUCUUUAUGAUUUUGUCUUUGCCGUUGCUAGGGAGGAGGAGGAGACGGCAGAGUCGCUCUAUGAAAGCAAUGCCCAGGAGGGGGAAAGCAUUGAUGGCUGGGCCUCUUCCCCAGCAGACACUCCUAGCUUUGAGGGUGUGGGCUGCACGGAAGGAGGCUCUGUCGGAAUCCUUCCUCUGAAAGCGGCUUGCCGCUUCCGAAGUAUCUCCACGCUGGAAUUGUUCUCCAUCCCUCUGACUGGGGACACCUGCCGGGCUUUGGGGAACCUGCUGAGCUCUUGGGUAUCUUUAGAGAAGCUGGUUCUGUCUUACAAUGGCCUGGGCGCUAAUAUCUUCUGCAUCCUGUCUGGGCUCCGGGCCCUCUCUCACCGCAGAGACUGCAGCCUCCACGUGGUGCGUGUGAGUGACGUGUUCUCACACAUCCCCUCAGUGGAGCUUGUUCGGUCCAUCCUGACUGCCUUCCCCCGCCUUCACACACUCUCGGUCAGCUUUGAUCUCAAAAACCUGCUGGAGGGGAACAGGCCAGAAGGGCAUUCGAGCUCGGAGGCAGAAAUUCCAGAGAGCUGCCUGGAACAGUUAGAGAUCCGAUUCCCCAGAGAACCUCUGCAGACCAGUCUCCUUUGGCCUGUGUUGAAAGCCUCAAGGUCUCUCCAGCAAUUGUCCCUGGACAGUGCCACCAUUUCCUGUCCCCUGGAGUUUGGGCUCCUUCUGCAGGCACUCAAAGAGUGUAAUCCAGGCCUGAAGAGACUGAGCUUCCAUGAUGUGAACCUUGCUGACUACCAGAAGGAAGUUCUCCUCCUGCUGCAGGACCCUGUCCUUCAAGAAAUUACAUUUUCCUUUUGUCGGCUGUUUGAAAGCUGCACCACUGAGUUUCUAUCCGACAUAAUCCAAAUAGUGAAGAGAAAUUCAACUCUGAAGAGCCUCAAAUUGCCUGGAAACAGACUUGGGAAUCACAGGUUGGUUGCCUUGGCUGACAUUUUCUCUGAAGAUUCAUCCUCUUCCAUCUGCCAGUUGGACGUCAGCUCAAAUUGCAUCAAGCCGGACGGGCUCCUGGAGUUUGCAAAGAAAUUGGAGAGCCACAUCCUGCAGAGAGGCGGGCAGAUCAAGUUUACCCAUCUCCGCCUCUUUCAGAACUGGUUGGACCAAGAUGCUGCAACUGCUCAAGAGGCGCUUCGGCGGCUCAGAGCUGUGUGCAGCGUGGUCAGCAACACAUGGGACUCUUCGCAGGCCUUUGCUGACUACAUUAGUGUGAUGUAAAGAGCGCCCAGGAACUGCUAUAAGAUCGAUAGCGAUAGCUUGAAAUAAAGUUGUACAGAACAGUGCUCCCACAGACUUUGACACUGCUGUUCACAUUGUGUGCAGGAGCAGGCCCAGCUGGGAUAAGAAACUAGUGUACAGUACUAACAAAGUAGAGGCUCUUAUACCCCUCGCCCCCAAGCAAGGUAGAAUUGAUCAUGCCACUUUCAUAGUGCAAAUGGGGAAACAAACUCCGCAACAGUGAGGUUCUAGACGAAAGGGAUAAAGAAGGGGGAGGGAGGAGUAUGUUACCUGAUUCUAGCCCACUGAACACGACACAUUUAAAACAACAUUCUUGUUCACCUUACAGACUCUGAGGACUUUAAGCUGCAGUUGAAUGGUUAUUAAUGUCUGCUGGAAUCUUGCAGUUACUGAGCAUUCGAGGAGCAGCUCUGGGUCAAUCUUUCAUUUUGUGCUUGGAACACAAACUACCCUGAACACACUCACCCUCUCACACUUGUGACUAGAAAAUAAAAAGCUAAACCAAGCCAAUGCACUGGCCCGUCUUAUUUGUGGCAAAUAGAGCUUCCCCCUUGCAAGAGACACUUCAGUACAACAAAAAACUUUUGCUUGCAACCAUUUUACCCUUGGAGAGAAGUCCUUUCUUAGGCCCUGCUUUCCUUAACUUGUAUUUAUUUAAUAUUUUAUAAAAAUGUUUUAAACAGAA